CAUAUACAAGAAUUACAUGAUCAAGAAUAUUUUUUGAUAUAUUUACCUAAUUAUCAUCAAUAAUCCUCUAAUUAACACAAAUCAUGAUUACCCCUCUUCUAAUCAUACUAAUUAGCACCCCAUUAGCUAAUGCUCAAUACAAUCAACACACACCCACAUCAUCAAAUUUUCAAUCAAGCUUAUUUGUAGUAAUUGGUGUUCUUUCCUUCAUGUUUUCCUUAACAUUACUUCUUGUAAUAUAUGCUAAAUAUUGUCAUACACAACCCUCUGCAAUCCAUAGUAUUAGCCGGAAUGAAAACUCUGAGGGCAUGUUUGGACACACCACAAGAUUCUCAGGAUUAGAUAAAACUUUUGUGGAAGCUUUACCUUUCUUUAGAUUCUCUUCCCUUAAAGGAUCCAAACAAGGCCUACAAUGUGCUGUUUGCUUAGCUGAAUUUGAAGAGAUGGAAAUUUUAAGAUUACUUCCUAAAUGUAAACAUGGGUUUCAUAUACUAUGUGUAGAUCAAUGGCUUGAGAAUCAUUCUACAUGCCCUUUAUGUAGGCAAAAGGUGAGUAUUGAUGAUCUUACAAGGGUCAACUCUGAUGUAGGUAGUGCAUCAGGUAAGUUCGAGAUUUUGUUACAAAGAGAAAUUAAUAGUCAAAGUUCAUCGAGAUUUAAUAGUUUUAGGGGGAUUUUUGGUGCUGAAAGGGAAGAACAAAUCUCUGAAGGAGGUAGUGCAUCAGGUGAGUUCGAGAUUUUGUUACAGAAAAAAAUUAACAGUCAAAAUUCUUCGAAAUUUAAUAGUUUUAGGAGGAUUCUUAAUGCUAAAAGGGAAGAACAACUAGGUAAGUUCGAGGUUUUAUUACAGAGAGAAAUUAAUAGUCAAAGUUCUUCGAGAUUUAGUAGUUUUAGGGGGGUUUUUAGUGCUAAAAGGGAAGAACAAAUGUAUGCACAAUUUGAAAGUGAUCAAGAUGGAAAAAGUUUGCAUAGACUUAAUCAUCAAAUUAUUGUGUCUGAUGUUGUGUUUAAGCAUCGUUGGAGCGAUCUUAGCUCUUCGGAUUUGAUGUUUUUGAAUUCGAGAAUGCUUGGAAUGAUGUCGAGUGAUCGAUUUUCAAUAAAGAACAUUGGAUUUGAUGAAGGUAGUGUAAGGGAUGAAAUUGAGAGGAAAAGGAUUUGUGAGCAUAAAAUUGAUGAGAUUAAGAGUUGUAAUUCAAAUUUUAGAUUGAAAGAAGAAAUGGGUAUUGAUGAUUUGAGGGAAAUAAACAUGAAUUUGGAUGCUUCUAGAAGAAAUAGUAUGCUUCCAACUGAAAAAAGGUCAAUUUCAGAGAUUAUAACUGUUUCAAGAUUUAAAGAUUUGAUGAGUAUGAAGAAUAAAUUAAGGCAAAAUUUUUUAGCAGAUUCUGAGAUUAUAAUUAAUAGUGAUGAUUAUGUUAGAGAUGAGGAUAUAAUUAAUAGGAGAAAGAAAUGGUUUAGAAUUGCUAAAAGAACACUUAAAUGGUUUGCAAAUAGAGAAAAAAACAGGUUUCAACAUGAACAACGGCAGCAGCAAGCUCAAGAUACAACUCAAACUAUUGAUGUAUAG